AUGGAUUUGAUCCCCCAAGUUCAAGUUUCAACGAGAGAGGAGAGAGCGCCCGCAGCAAGAGCGCAGCAAACUCCUAUUGAUACCGAGGCGACUCAGGCUACAAUCGCAGGAGAAGAUGCAGGACCGGCUGAGGUCGAAACGCAGCCAGCAGAGGAGCCCCAACUCCCCAAACCUAUCCCGUUUCCCGGUUUGGCAAGAAAGGAUCAGCGGUUACGGUUACUUUUGAUAGUGACAUCGGGCGAUAGGUUCCUGACUUCGCCAAUCGUGGAGCUUAUUGUCGGAAGUAACGACAAGAGAACUGCCAUGACUGCUCACCAAGACCUACUCUUAGAGUCGUCUUUGCUAUCUGAUCAUGUCAAGGCCUUUGAUGAUGGUCCGCGUCAUAUUGAGCUUCCAGAUGACGACGUAGAAGCAUUUGGCUACUUCUUACAAUAUCUCUAUACACGGGAUUAUUCUCCAUCGGAGACAGGAGCGGAUGAAGGAGCCGACAAUUCUGGUGACCGGCUUCUCAAGCACGCUCGUGUGUACACUUUGGCUGAGAAGCUGGGUAUUUCUACGCUGAAAUCCCUUGCCCAUUCCAAAAUUCACCGUAUCAAUAGUACUUCGCUCGGUGAGUUGGAGUAUGCUCGUUAUGUAUACGCAAACACCAAAUCCGACGAUGUCACUAUCCGCAAGCCUGUGUCGAACUUCUGGGGUAUGAGAGGCCACAUCUUGCGCCAUGAGUCGGAAGAGGAAUUCAGACAGCUGUGUCUCGAUGUCCCCCAGUUUUGUUUCGAUGUGUUGAGUGUUGUUCUAGACCAGAGGGAGAAGCGUGCUCAAGAUGCGGCUGAAACAGAAUUUGCUGUUAGGGGAAGUGGCAGGAAGCGACUCCGCAGUGGCCUAUGA